AUGGCAAAGGUAGACAGUACAGACAUUCGUAAUUCUAACUCACAAAAACAACAGGUAGACAGUUCAGACAUUCAUAAAUCUAACUCACAAAAACAACAGGUAGACAGUUCAGACAUUCGUUAUUCUAAUUCACAAAAACAACAGGUAGACAGUACAGACAUUCUUUAUUCUAACUCACAAAAACAACAGGUAGACAGUACAGACAUUCGUUAUUCUAACUCACAAAAACAACAGGUAGACAGUUCAGACAUUCGUUAUUCUAACUCACAAAAACAACAGGUAGACAGUUCAGACAUUCGUUAUUCUAACUCACAAAAACAACAGAUAGACAGUUCAGACAUUCGUUAUUCUAACUCACAAAAACAACAGAUAGACAGUUCAGACAUUCGUUAUUCUAACUCACAAAAACAACAGGUAGACAGUACAGACAUUCGUUAUUCUAACUCACAAAAACAACAGGUAGACAGUUCAGACAUUCCUAAUCCUAACUCACAAAAACAACAGGUAGACAGUUCAGACAUUCGUUAUUCUAACUCACAAAAACAACAGAUAGACAGUUCAGACAUUCGUUAUUCUAACUCACAAAAACAACAGAUAGACAGUUCAGACAUUCGUUAUUCUAACUCACAAAAACAACAGGUAGACAGUACAGACAUUCGUUAUUCUAACUCACAAAAACAACAGGUAGACAGUUCAGACAUUCCUAAUCCUAACUCACAAAAACAACAGGCAGACAGUUCAGACAUUCGUAAUUCUAACUCACAAAAACAACAGGUAGAGAGUACAGACAUUCGUUAUUCUAACUCACAAAAACAACAGGUAGACAGUUCAGACAUUCGUUAUUCUAACUCACAAAAACAACAGGUAGACAGUUCAGACAUUCCUAAUUCUAACUCACAACAACAACAGGUAGACAGUUCAGACAUUCGUAAAUCUAACUCACAAAAACAACAGGUAGACAGUUCAGACAUUCGUAAAUCUAACUCACAAAAACAACAGGUAGACAGUUCAGACAUUCGUUAUUCUAACUUACAAAAACAACAGGUAGACAGUUCAGACAUUCGUAAAUCUAACUCACAAAAACAACAGGUAGACAGUUCAGACAUUCGUAAAUCUAACUCACAAAAACAACAGGUAGACAGUUCAGACAUUCGUAAAUCUAACUCAGAAAAACAACAGGUAGACAGUUUAGACAUUCGUUAUUUUAACUCACAAAAAUGA